GGCAUUACACUGCUUCGGAGGGUUCAACACUGCACACUGCACAGUUAGGCUACUUUAACCGGCGCAAUGGUGUUUUUUCAAUUUGUUUCCGCGGUCGUGACCAGGUCGCUAUUUAUUCUGGUGUCACUGAUCGGUGUUUGGAGGGUGACGUUUGUUAAACAGGACCCCAUGUACUGGCUCCUCGCAAUCCUCUACCUACCUCUUGUUGUCGAAAUGAUUAUAACUUUGAAAAGAAGAAAAGGAAAGGACUACAAAUGGUUUUCUCCAGCCAUUCUACUGUUCCUCAUCAGCAUCAUUCCUUCCAUAUGGAUUCUGGAAUUACAUCACCAGCAGAACAAAUCUAGUGACCCACAGUGCAAGAAGUUGGACUCCUGGGAGAACGUCCGCAGUAUGAUAAACCUCAACUCCACCACCGGGAAUCACACUUUGACAUUAAAGGCGAUGGCUGAACUCUUCUCAAAGAGUUUGUGUCCAAACGAUUGGAUCCUCGCUCUUCAUCAAGUGCUCCUGCUCCUCCUCAUCCUCGGCAAAUGGCUCCUCCCCAUUGGAGGCGGAGUCACGCGUGACGAGCUGUCACAACUGCUGCUCAUCUUCGUCGGCACGGCAGCAGACAUCUUGGAGUUCACCAGCGAGACGCUGUCCGACGUCAAGGAGAAUAGCUCUCAGCUGGUGUACAUUAUCCUGGGAGUGUGGACGUGGAGUAUGCUGCAGUUCCCUCUUCACCUGGCAGUGGUGACAUCACGGCCCCAGGACUCGUGUGAGUCAGGUGUGGACGCUGACGCAGCAGGUGUGUGCGGGUCAUCAGGUGCGGAGGCGGCGCCGGCGCCUCAUCCCGGUCGCCCCGGCAACACGCUCCUGGCCCGCCACAGCACCGACAUCUGGAACAUCGUGGAGAGCCUGUUCAUCCAGGACGGGCCCUUCCUGGUGGUCCGGCUGACCGUGAUGACCUACUUCGACGUCUUCCACCAGAUGCUGGUGUUCUUCGCCAUCAAGAACUUCCUGGUGGUGGUCCUCAACCUCUACCGCCUCAUCGUCAUCUGCCAGGACCACAAGCCCUCCUCGUCGCCCACGGCAACGCCGCUACAGGGCGAGUGUCGGAGCAGAGAAGACUGAGAGGAGAGCAGACACACACACACACACACACACACACACACACACACACACACACACAGAUGACUAAUGCAUAAAUCAGAAACACUAACACACACACACACAUACAAAUACAGACACCAUAAGUUACAA